GAGAUCUGAGCUUGGGAAAUGGAGAUUGUAGAAGAACUAGCUCUCUCACCAUUUCUUCUUCUUCUUCUUCUCUCUAAAUAAAAAGACAGACGACUUCACCGUUUGAUUCUUUUAUAUUCCUUUUUUUUUCCCAGAUUAAUUCUUUUCCUCUCCUCUUUCUCUUCUCACUUGUAUUCCUUUAACACUCCCUUCUUCUUCUUCUUUUUUUUUUUUCUUUCUUUCUUGUAGAUCUAUUAGAAAUUGAUUUUAUUUCACGAAUAACCCAUCGAAGUUCCGUUCAAGUUAUGGAUUUGCUUGAGUUCUGUUGAACUUGUUUUAAUCGAGGAUAAUAAAAUAAAGAAUCCGAUUCUACAGAUGGAAGUAUGUGCUGUGGAUCAGACCGAUUAAAUCAGAUCGUGUCAUCAAGAUCUUCGUCGCCAGUUCCAUUCGAGGAUAACAAUCUUUUUAACAACACAGACAUGAAUCACUUGAGAGUCGAAACAGAGGAUACGUUUGCAAGCUUGCUUGAGCUCGCCGCUAACAACGAUGUGGAAGGUGUAAGGCUGUCUAUUGAGAGAGACCCUUCUUGUGUAGAUGAAGCUGGUCUCUGGUACGGUCGUCAAAAAGGUUCCAAGACUAUGGUCAACGAUCAGAGGACUCCGUUGAUGGUUGCUGCUACUUAUGGGAGUAUAGAUGUGAUCAAGCUUAUUGUUUCUUUGACUGAUGCUAACGUGAACCGCGCUUGUGGGAAUGAUCAGACCACCGCGCUACACUGUGCUGCUUCAGGAGGAGCUGUGAAUGCUAUCCAAGUUGUUAAGCUGCUUCUUGCCGCUGGAGCUGAUUUGAGUCUCUUGGAUGCUGAAGGUCAACGAGCUGGAGAUGUUAUAGUUGUUCCUCCUAAGCUUGAAGGUGUGAAGCUGAUGCUUCAGGAGCUUCUUUCUGCUGAUGGAUCAUCGACCGCUGAGCGGAAUUUAAGGGUUGUGACAAAUGUUCCGAAUAGAAGAAGCUCUUCUCCAUCACAUUCUCCAACUGGUGAGAAUGGUGGGUCGGGGUCUGGUUCUCCCCUUGAUUCUCCGUUUAAGCUGAAAUCGACUGAGUUCAAGAAAGAGUAUCCGGUUGAUCCGUCUUUACCGGAUAUCAAGAACAGCAUUUACGCGACUGAUGAGUUCAGAAUGUAUUCCUUCAAGGUUCGGCCUUGCUCGCGUGCGUAUUCGCAUGAUUGGACUGAGUGUCCUUUUGUUCACCCCGGUGAAAACGCCAGGAGAAGAGACCCGAGGAAGUUCCACUACAGCUGCGUCCCGUGCCCGGAUUUCAGGAAAGGAGCUUGUAGACGAGGAGAUAUGUGUGAGUAUGCACACGGUGUGUUUGAAUGCUGGCUGCAUCCAGCUCAAUACAGGACCCGUCUCUGCAAAGAUGGAACAGGCUGUGCUCGGCGUGUUUGUUUCUUUGCGCAUACACCCGAGGAGCUUCGACCUUUGUAUGCAUCAACGGGUUCAGCAGUUCCUUCGCCUCGAUCGAAUGCUGAUUAUGCAGCGGCUUUGAGUCUCCUUCCUGGUUCCCCAUCAGGAGUCUCUGUCAUGUCCCCGCUUUCGCCAUCAGCUGCGGGGAACGGGAUGUCUCAUUCAAACAUGGCUUGGCCACAGCCAAAUGUCCCGGCUCUGCACUUGCCCGGAAGCAAUCUACAGUCGAGCAGGCUAAGGUCUUCUCUCAAUGCAAGAGAUAUCCCGACAGACGAGUUCAAUAUGUUAGCGGAUUACGAACAGCAGCAGCUCCUUAACGAGUUUUCCAAUUCAUUAAGCCGUUCUGGUCGGAUGAAAUCAAUGCCUCCUUCCAAUCUUGAAGAUCUUUUCUCAGCAGAAGGCUCUUCGUCUCCUCGGUUUACCGAUUCCUCUUUAGCUUCCGCGGUGUUCUCUCCCACGCACAAAUCAGCUGUCUUCAACCAGUUCCAACAACAGCAGCAGCAGAGCAUGUUGUCUCCAAUCAACACAAGCUUUUCUUCACCAAAGAGCGUUGAUCACUCACUGUUUUCAGGUGGAGGAAGAAUGUCUCCUCGGAACGUGGUUGAGCCAAUUUCCCCCAUGAGUUCUCGUGUCUCCAUGUUGGCUCAGUGCGUGAAGCAACAGCAGCAGCAGCAGCAACAACAACAACAACAACAACAACAACAACAGCAGCAACAUCAGUUCCGUAGCCUCAGCUCCAGAGAGCUCAGAACAAACUCAAGCCCGAUCGUUGGUUCACCGGUAAACAACAACUCAUGGUCAUCCAAAUGGGGCUCCUCAAAUGGUCAACCGGAUUGGGGAAUGAGCUCAGAGGCGCUUGGUAAGUUGAGAUCAUCCUCAUCGUUUGAUGGUGAAGAGCCUGAUGUGUCAUGGGUACAGUCAUUGGUGAAGGAGUCUCCAACAGAUGCCAAAGAGAAAGCAGCAACAGCUUCUUCCUCAGGGGAAAACGUGAAGCAGCCAAAUCCUAUUGAACCGGUGAUGGAUCAUGCUGGGCUAGAAGCUUGGAUUGAGCAAAUGCAGCUCGAUCAGCUUGUUGCUCAGCAGAACUGAGAGGACCAAAGCAAAGUCUCUCUCUCUCUAUAUAUUAUGGUAGAUAAAAAACCUCUUUUUUACAGGUGGUGGUGGGUAGAAGGGUAACAAGAUUAACAAAGAAGAGAGAAGAAAGAUGUUUUCUUUGUUUUUGGUCAAUCAAAUUAAUUUUCACAAAAAAAAAAACUGUUU